CUGCACAUGACAACGUUUCUGGCUGGUGUUUUCAAACUUUAUUCUGUUUUAUUCGCUUGUUAUAUUUUUUCAAGAGGUGCAAAAAAGUGUAAUUCUGGUGUAGCACGAAAAAAAAGGAUCCUUUUUUAAGUGCAGAAGUGUUACACUGACGCAACUACACAACAUUGGUUUGUUUCGUUUGUUUCGUAAAAGGCUUGUCUCAUUUUUGACAAAUGUUUGUUUAUAUUAAAUAAGCGAGAGUGUGAGAGAACGUUGUGAGCGCAAAAAUGACAUUAGGGACGCUGUUCGCUUCACAGUGGCGGAAUAGAGUCAUUUUUCUCUCUCGUGUGUCGCGAUUGUAUGGCGUACAAACAUAAGUCUGCAAUGGCUUGCGAAAAGUGUCCUGAACUACGAAAAAGUGAUCGAAUAUAUGUGAAUCUAGCAGGAUGUGUAGAUUAUAAUGAUUUUUAAUCAUUUGAAAGACAGUGGCCUGUUUUGAUCAGUAAUACAGUGAAAAGAGUAACUCAAAGCUUAAAGCUGCUCAGAGUUCAAGAUAUUGAACGCCUGUCUGCUCUAUUUAUUGGCUGGUGUAUCGCAUACAAUACAUUCUCAGCAGUAAAGAAACGAAAGCUGCUCUUGGUACUGCCUCUGCUUGUCCUCAUUGUCCUUUCCAGUGCCGUAGCGAUUGGACUAUUUUAAUAUCUCUACGAAACAGAGUAGGAGAGUUCUUUGGAAAAAGGAUCCAUUGGGCGUUGUAGAUCUACUUGUUAGUGGUAGUUUUGCAGGCGUUCUAGCCGAUGGUGUUUCCGUGUGUGUUUCCACUUCGAUAUCUGUUCACGUACCACGAAUGUAUACCUAUCUACUGCUGCUACAAUAUAGUGCGAAGUUUUGAACGAUCAAGACUGCAAAAUGGAUACUGCUCUGUGUAGUGAUGAAAAUGUAGCUAUGCACGAAGGAUUGGAAGAAAAAACCUGCCGGUUGUGUUGUUCUGGGGAACAGAGUGACCUCAGGUUGAUCUUUCCGGUGGGUACUUUGUUUAAUACAAAUAAGUUGCUUCUCGAAAAGAUCUUUGAAUGCACCGCAGUACAGAUCAUCAACGAGGGGGACGAUCAAAACGCCCUAAUUUGCAAGGCUUGCGUUGACAAAAUUGACGACUUCUAUACGUAUAGACAACAGUGCCAAGAAAACGAUGACCGCAUUCGUAAGCGCGUUCAAAACUCUUCACAAGUCCGCAUCAAACAAGAAAAAGACUUGCAUUUGGACAUAACUAUCAACGAAUCAAUUCCAGCUUGUGAAGAUGAAUUUCUGCAGGAAGAAUCUUCACAACCUAGGCUUUCAUCCUACUCGGCAGCGAAUGAGUUUCAUCAAAGUUCUGAAAUCGAACCAGUGAGUAAGGAUGGUGAAGACAGUUUGCUUCAACCUAUGACUUUAUCAUCGCAUCACACCAGCUCAUCACUAAAUCAUGUUGCAAUAACAGAUGAGAUUACUAUUAAAGGCGAAACUAUCGUAGAUGAUGACGACGUUUAUUAUAACAGUGACGGCGAGAUCGCAGACAUGUCAUCGCCACAAAAACAACAAGCAGCAUCAAAUCAAACUGGAAAUCAACUAGAAGUCGCAGUAGGCAACAGUAAUGGUACCAGUACUAAAUCACAAUAUCGCAUCGUGAUGAAUGCUAGUAACCGCGAACGGUUAGUUUUCCAAGGAUACCUGUACUGUCGACAUUUUACUCGGAGAGACGGUUCGAUUCAUUGGAGAUGUAGGCUCGGAGGUUGUCAAGCAGCAGUCAAUUUACACUCGGAUGGUACUAUAACACACGCGAAUACUCAUGGUCAUUGUCAUCCACAAAAUGGAUUAGAAGAUGAUAUUGGUGUGUUGGAACCUUCUGCAGCUGACGACGAGAAGGAGGCGCAAGUUGAUGUCGAGGCUUCAUUCGAACAUUUUGGAGAGGAUGAUACGACACAAGAAGAUAUAAACGAUUCAGAACCAGUUGCCGUUAGUUCGGAUAGUUUGCAGAUAGUACCGAACAAGAAAAAAGGAGAAACAUUGGUUCAUUUGGGAUUCAAAUACUGCAAACGAUAUCUGAAAAUGGAUGGAUCUACGUUCUGGAAAUGUCGUUCUAACAAUAAUAAAUGCUCUGCUGGUGUGUAUGUGUACCCAGAUUCUAGGGUUAAGUAUCAUGGUAUACAUAAUCACGAAAAGGUUGUAAACGAAGGCCAAGAGGGAGAUCAUGAUAAUUCUAUUGAGGGAGAUAUGGAACAACCGUACACCAUCAUUGAGGAUGUUGAAGACGAUGAUGAACCAGAGGAUACUGAUGAUAUGGCUGCUUUGCUAACAAGCAGUGUCGAGGUAAUGAUGCCUGCGGAUCAAAAGCAGAUCAAGAAAGAUUACGAAAUAACUACAAAUGUCAAAGGAAGAGAAUGUUUAAUUUACGAAGGCCACCAAUAUAGCAAGGAUAGGGAACGAGUUGAUGGAGCAGUAUUUUGGCGCUGUCGUCGAAAUUAUGAUAAAUGCAGAGCAAUGGCUAUUGUUUACAACAAUGGCAAAGUUGAAAAGUGCGGUGAGCAUCAUCAUGAAACUGACAAACGGUAUCUUGAGCGACAAGAACAAGGAACCGGUAGUCGAAUGUAUCGUAUAACAAAGAAUCAAAGAGGAAACGAUGCUCUCGUUUUUGAUGGACACCGUUUUAGCAAGGAAUGGUCACGAGUAAAUGGAUCUAUCAUUUGGCGUUGCUCGUAUAAAAGCGGUAUAUGCAAGAUGAAGGUGGUUCUGAAUGCCGACGGAUAUGUUCAUCAUAUGGGAGCUGACCACGAACACGAUCAUGAAAAAACCGAAACACCGGUAACGGAAGAGUAUGCUGUAGAAGAAGAUGUAGAGAUAGUUGAGGAUUCAUUACUAACUCCAGCAAGAAAUCAGCAGAAACCAGUUCCUACUCAACCAUCCCAAUCAUGCCCAAAUUUUACUCCAGAGCAACAAGCUGCUGGUGGAUAUCGCAUUGUUAAGAAUCGCAAAGGAUUCGAAGCUUUGGUUCACGAUGGCUUUCGUUAUUGCAAAGUACGAGUGCGUCAGGAUGGUUCAGUCAAAUGGCUAUGUAAAAUGAAUAAAAAAACCUGUCGAGCUGCUGUGGAUUUGUUCCCCGAUGGAUCUGUUGUUAAGGCCAGUGAAUAUGACCACAACCAUGAACGGCCCACGGACAUGGACACAAUCGAGGAUGACGAAGAAGUUGAAUCUUCUGCGUUUGAAACUUUCUACCCAAUUGACCCAGAGGUUUUUGGAAACAGCCAAUGGUAUUAUGUGAAGAAUAGUAAGAAUGGCAUUAGUAUGAUUCAUGCCGGUUAUCGGUAUACGAAAAAAUGUGAUCGCGUUGAUGGUACUUCGUUGUGGCGCUGCUCAGCGUCUCAGCGAGGUUGCAAGGCAGGAGUUAUUCUGUUUCCAAACGACACGUUAGCUAUGGUAGAGAAUGCUGAACAUUCGCAUAAGCCAUAUGAAAGUGUCAAACCAUCGGAGAACGAGGGUGAAAUGGUAGAUACCAAGAAGCAAAAAGAUACGAACGAAGCCAGUGAAUUGGAUAGAACCACCGAUGAAAAUGAUAUUGCGAUGCAUUCAUUACUACAAACGGUUCUAGGUGGAGAGGAUGUACCAUGGAUGGGAGGAGAAAUGGAAAAUGAGCCGACAAACGAGUCCGUGUGGUUUAACAGUGCCGCUGAUCGGCCGUAUCCGAGACCAACUGGACCACCGAACUUUAGAAUUAUAAAAAAUCGUCGUAACACCGACAGUUUGGUCCAUCGUGGAUAUCGUUAUUGUAAAAUUCGUGACCGACAGGAUGGCUCGAUUCUCUGGGCUUGCCAGAUGAACAAGAAAACUUGCAAAGCUUCCGUCAACCUGACAACCGAUGGUCGUGUGGAAGUUAUCAAUGGCAAACACAACCAUCAGAAAACUGACUUUGACGAUACUGAUGAGCGACCUACUGAAAAUAUCGUUGACUCUAGUUCUGAUGUUGAAGUGACAAGUGAGGAGUCAGCCAAACCGCCACCGGUCACUCAACCAUCUAAACAUCCCGACUACUACUAUAGUGUAAAUAAAAGCAAUCGAGAAUGCUUGAUUCACAAAGGUUAUCGUUUCUGCAAACGAAGCGAUCGUCCCGAUGGUUCAACAGUGUGGCGAUGUUCCAUGGGUGGAAACACAUGUAUGGUAGUAGUGACCGUUGCUGCAGACGGUACACCGGAACAAAAUUCAAUAACACACAAUCAUAGGCCUCUGGAAGAAUUACCUCCAGCAAUUGAAAGAGCUACCAGGCCUACCUUACAGCCAUCAACAACGGAAGAUUCCCAUCAAACAACAACAUAUAACAGACAGGGUGAUAAUCUUGAGUGGAAAGGAUUUCACUAUCGUAAAAUCAAGGAACUUCCGGAUAAAUGCAUCAUUUGGAUUUGCCAAGUCGAUAGUUGCCGUGUAGCUGUUAAAAUGCUUCCGAACAACCAUUUAAAAAUGCUUAGCGAAUCCGAACAUAAUCACACAGCUGCUGGUCUUCUAUCUUCUAGCUCUGCUGGAAGUGCAUCUAACAAAUCUGGAGCUAUCUCGGCUUCUUCAGGCGGAAAGACACGUAGUUAUCGAUUGUUUAAGAAUAGUAAAGGGCAAAUGACAUUGGUAUUUCAAGGCUACCGGUAUUCUAUUCGGAAUCGUAAUCAGGAUGGAAGUUCUUCAUGGAAAUGUCGUGCUAAUGCUAGCUGUCGUGUCGUCAUUCACCUGAUGCCAGACGAUCGCAUUGUACCAGAAAAUGGUAGCUCAGAACAUAAUCAUGAACCUAUGGAAGCCAGCAAAAAAUUGGAAGGGGGAGCACAAACUAGAGUUAAUCCUCUCUAUGACUACUUGAACAUAAUCCCCGGCGUUAGUUCUCAGUCAUCACAGUCACAACAGGAAGAUAUCCAAACAAAUACAUCGCAACCUGCACAGCAAUCUACUUCGGAUUCCACGAGCUACGCACGAAAUGUUAUUGAGCACAAAGGUUACUACUAUCGUUUGGUAGUACGGAAGAAGAAUGGUCGCGAAUAUUGGCGAUGCGUACAUUUCAAAAAUCGUACCUGUCGUGCUGCUCUAUUUUGUCGUGACAAUGGAACAAUCGUUACAUCCAGUAAUGGAAAGGAGCAUUCGCAUAGUGGCGGAGCAAAUGCUAAACCAUUACCUUCAAUGGCAGGCUCGUUACAAAAUAAACAAAUGGCGAUUUCAUCCGGAUUACUACAGAAUAGAGCAGCUGUCCUGCCGUCUCCACCGCAGGAGGUAUCAUUAGUACGCGGGGAUGAAGAACGUUACAUUGACCAUGGUGAUUACGUUAUUGCCAAAAAUCGUAAGGAUCAAAAUACACUUAUUUUCAAAGAUCGGCGUUACUACCUGUCUUAUAACCGAAGCGACGGAUCAGCAGUUUGGCGAUGUGCUCACCGUAAACGAUAUAAAUGCUAUGCGUACGUGCGUUUACGCCCAGAUGGACGAUUGCUCAGCACUGGAGAACAUGAGCACUCUCACGCAAUGAACAACUCAGGGCAGGCUUCAGUUGCCAGAUCAGUAGUUCCUGAGGCAAAAGAAACCCGAAACUACAAAAUUGUGAAAAAUCGUGUUGGGAAUGAUAUUCUUAUACACGACAGUCAUCGGUUCCGUCUCAACUAUCAAAGAAACGAUGGAACUACACAUUGGAGAUGUAUCUGGGCAAGAAGCAACCACUGCUCAGCGGGCGUCUAUUUACUGAUUAAUGGUGUAUUGAAAAACGCAGCUAACGAAGCACAGAUCACACAUAAUCAUCCACCUCCAGGCCAGGUGAAAAGAGCCAUUGUAUCGAAGGUUAACACACCAACGAACUCGGAAAAUCCAAGUCAGGCACAAGUUCAUCCUGCUUCUUCAAAUAUGGAGCAAAGCCGUUCGAUUCCAGAAAUAGAUGGUAUAACAGAUUAUAAGUUUAUAGAAGAAGGUUCAAAUAAAAUUCUUAUAUGCCGAGGGUACCGCUAUUGGUAUACAUGGAUACGUAAGGAUGGUAGUAUUUACUAUAGAUGCUCGGAGGUUAAGAGACUUCAAUGUCCAAUGGGAGCACUACUUCUUUCCAAUGGAAAACUUAUACGGGCGAAUGAACACUGCCACAAUCAUGCCCCCAGUCAAGAUGAAGCUGAGGAAGAAUUUCUUGGGUUUCCAGUGGAAUCACAGGCUAUCACCGUUUCACAAUCAGAGGAGCCAUUGGAGCAACAUCCUCCUCUUCCCAUACCUGCAGAUGGAGAUGAUGAUUAUAGAAUCGUGAAAACAUCACGUGGUGAAUCCCUCAUUUAUAGAGGUUAUCGUUAUUGGGCAAAAAAUCGACUGGCAAAUGGUAUAAUUUCUCUUUGUUGCACACGAAAAAAGAUUAAAAAAUGUCCUGCAAUGCUACGGCUUCUAACUAACGGUCGCAUAAUAGAUCCCGUUGGUGCUGGGCAUACACAUUCACCAAAUUGUGAAGGCGGUAGCAUGCUUGAGCUUACAGCACCACCAACCCUAGUACCGGUAUCGCCUGUUCAACCGAUAAAAACUGCAGUCCCAAAAGAACAAAUUAAAUCAAAGAUGUCUCCACAAACAACUAAACUCCCCGCACUCUCUUUCAAUGAAGAAUCCGAGGAUGAGGCUGAACAGGGUGAUGAGUCCCUUAUUGGAUCAAGGAGAUAUAUCUUCAUGAAAAGUUCAUCACAAAGAAAUUUCAUCGUAUUUGAAGGCUUUGUAUACGACUUCGAGCAUAAACAGCAUGAUGGUUGCGUUUUUUAUAGAUGUAAAACUAGUGAAGCUUGUCCGGCAUCUUUGAUGUUACUUACAAAUGGUCGUGUAAUGAAUUUGGAUGAUUCUUUGCAUAUGCACGAUAAACCUGAUCUUUCUAAUUUGCGUGAAGUAGGACGAGGUUCCAAGGAAUUUAAAAUUGUACAGAAUAAAAAUGGUAGCAACAUUUUAGUACACCGUGGUCACCGGUAUACGACUCCGCGUGCAAAAACUGAUGGAGCUGGAAUUUGGUAUUGUCACACUUACGUGCCGUCGAUAAAUCGCCGUUGCUAUGUUCCCAUUGAACUUCUCCCGAAUGGUCGAGUGGCACCAGUGAGCGAAAAACAGCAUCAUCAUUCCGCACCGUUCAAAACCAAGCAAGAAAUGUCAGCUUCCCAGUCUGUUGAUACAAAAAAUAGUAGUGUUAUCAUUAAAACCGAAAACAUUGUAGAAGCUGAUAGUAAAAGUGAUAAUCGUAUGCUUUUACUAGGAGGCCACCGGUAUACUUAUGCCCACGAAAGAGAUGAUGGGGCUGUGCUCUGGAAGUGCGCUAAAAGCUCAUGCAAUGCUUCUAUGUACCGUCUUACGGAUGGUCAGGUGGUGAAAGGGCCUGAUCACAAUCAUGAAAAAAUAGUAACUUCAGAUUCUCCCAAAAGUUUGAAACGAAAACAUGCUGAAAUUGAUACCAAACCUAAAACAUCUAGUCCAAUCGUUUCUGGGGGCGAUUCCAAUGCAGCCUCACCGAUCAAAUCUGAUACAAAUAGAAAACAUCCAUACAUAGGUCAACCAAUUGUACACGAAGGUUAUAGAUAUAUUUUCUAUUUAACCAGAAAAGAUGGCUCGGAGCAUUGGAGAUGCUGUCGGCGAAUCCCCUUAAAAUGCCGUGGAGGUGUUUUUAAACAGAAUGAUGGCACCCUUGUUCCAUCAAAUGAUGAAGGCCACUCUCAUCCACCAGAACAAGCCGAUUGUGAUGAUGCGCUAUCAAGAUCAUGUACGAUGCCAGAGGACGUAUCACAAGAUUCGAUCGACUCUCAAGAUCCCGAAGAAACUGCAGAUUCUGUUUCUUAUUUGGAAGACGAAGGUUCCUAUGAUUAUGAACUGGUAGAUGUGAAAGGUAAAAAACGGGGAUUUUAUUUGAUUCAUAAGGGGGCAAUGUUUGUGGCUGGCCACACGAGAAGAGAUCGAGCACGGUAUUAUCGUUGCCGGACGGUUGGUUGUAAAGUAGCAAUGCUUUUGCACAGGAAUGGAUUACUUGUACGAACUAAUGAGCACACACACGACUGUCAGAAUGCUAUGAAAACUGACGAUGUAGACAAGACUGAUGCUGAUGUUCAUGACGAGGAGCGGGUUGAUAGUGCCAAUUGCAAAAGGCAGCGAUUGGAGGAAGAAAUUGAAGAAGGUGAGGAAUUACUCCUAAUAUCUCCGGAAAAAGCAGUUGAAGAUGAUCAUGUUACGAAUGGCAGUGAUGAUGUCGUGGUGGAAGUUAAGGAGGAACCUGUUGAUACUUUAUAGGCUCGUCCGUACUAAAGUGGUCACGCAUUUCAAUAAUUGUAUGUACGUAGAAUUGCUGUUGUUCUUAUUUAAUAGUCCGGUAAGUAUUUAUCUAAUACCUUCUUGUAUUUAAAUUAAACGCAAAGUCGAUGUAUUUCAUGUAUUCGAAGCAACAGCAAUAGUAUAAAAAGAGAAAAGUGAACAAAAAUA